AUGGUUAUUGGUAAUUCAUUGCAUGCUACAGACAUAUUCAACAAAUUCAAGGGCAAAGAUGGGGUGUUUGAAGGGAAAUUAAAGCAAGAUAUUAGAGGAUUGAUGGAAUUGUAUGAAGCUGCUCAGCUCGUGACAGAAGGAGAAGAUAUUCUUGAUGAAGCAGCAGAAUUUAGUAGCCAAAUUGUUAGUAACAGAUGGAAGCAUCCUUAUCACAAGAGCAUUGCAAGAUUUACUGCAAAGAAGUAUAUUAGAGAUUUCCAAGGCAUAAAUGGAUGGGGAAAAAUAUUGAAAGAAUUCGCAAAAAUGGAUAUUUCCAUGGCACAAACCGUGAACCAACAAGAACUGAUCCAAAUUUCCAAGUAA